AUUCACCACAACAACAACAGACUUUCCCUUAAACAACCUAUCUUCACUGAAAUCAAGAAGAAAUGGGGGGCAAGUCCGCAACCAAGACCGCUUACUUCGAGAAGCUGCGUGCUCUUCUCAAUGAGUACAGCACCAUCUUCAUCGUCGGAGUUGACAAUGUCAGCUCUCAGCAGAUGCACGAGAUCCGUAUCUCCCUCCGUGGAGAGGCCGUCGUCCUGAUGGGUAAGAACACCAUGGUUCGUCGUGCCCUUAAGGGUUUCAUCGCUGAGAACCCCGAGUGGGAGCGUCUCCUUCCCCACGUUCGUGGCAACGUUGGUUUCAUCUUCACCAACGGUGACCUCAAGGCCACCAAGGAGAAGAUCCUUGCCAACCGUGUCGCUGCUCCCGCUCGUGCCGGUGCCUUCGCCCCCGAUGAUGUCUGGAUCCCCGGUGGUAACACUGGUAUGGAGCCCGGUAAGACCGCCUUCUUCCAGGCUCUCGGUGUCCCCACCAAGAUUGCUCGUGGUACCAUUGAGAUUGUUUCCGACCUCAAGCUCAUUGAGGCUGGCAACAAGGUCGGUGCCUCCGAGGCUACCCUCCUUAACCUGCUGAACAUCUCUCCGUUCACCUACGGUAUGGCCAUCACCCAGGUCUACGAGAACGGUCAGUGCUUCGGCGCCGAUGUUCUCGACAUCACCGAUGAGCAGCUCUUGGCCGCCUUCUCCCAGGCUAUCUCCACCGUCACCGCUGUCUCCCUGGCUGCCAACUACCCCACCCUUCCCUCCGUUAUGCACUCCCUCAUCAACGGAUACAAGAAGGUCCUCGCUGCCGCCAUCAGCACCGACUACAGCUGGGCUGAGAUCGAUGAACUCAAGGACCGCAUCGCUAACCCCGAUGCGUACGCCUCUGCUGCCCCUGUCGCCGCCGCCGCCACCUCCGGCGGUGACGCCCCUGCCGCCGCAGCUCCCGCUGAGGAUGAUGAGGAGUCCGAUGAGGACAUGGGCUUCGGUCUCUUCGACUAAGCGCUUCCUCGACGGGAUGCGAAUGCCAUGUAUUAGAUUUACUUGAACCGGCGCUUGAAAUAGCGACCGGGAAUGAAACAACAUGUCUUGGCAAUGGAUUUCCCUCGGAAACCUAGGACUCGUAUGAUGGACGUAGCUACGCCCAUUGUUCGUUUCCACAGAAUUGAUUACAGAUGCCCUUCAUAUGACCUGCGAUAGUAGUGCCGAUAUGUUGUCGCCGUAGACAAUUUUGUAGUUGGAGGCUGCCGGAAAUCCUGUUCACUAUCUCUAUUUGAG